AUCAGUAAACAUCGGAAGAAAAACAUCGAGGCUCGAUGCAUCGUUGUGUUUUACAUCACUACCCACAAUAUUAUCAAAUUCUCAAAUUUUUUUGAACCGAGCGGUUGCUGCGCGUCGUUGUAAAGAAAAUACAACUAAAUAAGUAUAUAGAGAGCAGCCUUUAACCUUUUUUUUUUUUGCUCCGGCCGCGGCCACAACAACAUUUUCCGAAAUUUUCCAAACGUGGAGUAACUAUUUUUUUCCUCCCACUCUGGGCACGCCGCGAAAACAAUAAACAAUAAAUUAAAUAUAAUAAAAUUGUUAUCUAUUGCCGACAAAAUGAGUUCUACAAGUGCAUGUUUGUUGGUCUCUCUCACUCUCUGAAAUCGUAAACAAAUUGUGAAAAAAGUCAAUAUACGACAUAGAUAUUUAAAUAAAUCGCGUUCGUUGCCGAUAAAAUAUUUGUAUUUGGAGGAAGCCGCAACAACAGCAGCGACGUCAGCAGUGCGUGGUGCAAGUGUAUUGGUGUUUAACACGGCCGUCCGAAAUACAUAUAUUCCAGAAUAAGCGCGCCGCCACUCUUAGCUGUAUGAGUGCAUCUGACGUAUAUACGUAUGUACAUACACACCCGCAAGUAAAUAAGAAGAAAUUAGCGCAACACAAAAAAGUGAAAUUUUCUUCCAUAAAAGUUGAGGAAAAUAUCAGUACCAGUUCUUUGCAUAAGUGAUUGUUUUUUUUUUGGUGCAAGUGGAAAAUUAAUAUCAACUCCCAGGCUGGACGCAGGGGUAGCAGCAGCAGCGGCAGCAGUAGCACCCACAGCAAUAACGGAUUUUUGCUCUCCACGCGGUUGCCCAAGAUACAGAAUCACGACGACGCGACGUGCGAAAAUGGCCAAAAUGGAGGUCGACGAUGUGGUCGACUUGAGUCUGAGCUCCGGCCGGGAUCCGGCGUUAACCAUAACGCCGGCGCCGCCACCGGCAGCGCUCAGCAAUCGGGAUCUGCGUGCCCUGACGGCCAAUAAUACGGGUCUGACCAUAACGCCGUCUCCAGCGCCAGCGCCCACAGCAGGCGCUGCCACCAUUCCCGCCAAUAGCCACACCAGCACCAGCACCAACAGCAACAGCAACAACAAUAAUAAUAACAAUAACAACAACAACAGUACCACUGGGAAUGGCACCGCCGGCAGCAGUCCCACCAACAGCAGCUCCGCGAACAGCGGCAGCAACACCACCGCCACUCCCAGCAUCAACAACACAACAAACAACAGCUCCAGCGGGAAUGCAGACGGAGGAGUACUCUCCGCCGGUGGCGGAGGUGUUGUCGGUGUGGAUGAGAACAAGGUCCAGAGGCGGGUGCUACGGCCCCGCACAGAGCCCAAGUCAUACGCCGAGGCCCCCGACAUUGUGCUGCUGCCCGCCCGCACCAAUGGACGCCAGCAGAACGGAAACAUUGAUUCGGAGACGGACGACGAGGAGAUGCCGCCGUACGUGCCCAUCAAGGAGCUGUCCCACGCCGAGCUGAAGGAGCGCGAGAAGAGCCUCCGCCGGCUGCGCCAGGACCUACGCAACGAGGAGUCCAAGCUGUUGCUGCUCAAGAAGCUGAAACAGUCGCAGCAAGUGAUGAAGGAGAACCUGGUGGUCACGCCGACCAGCGUCUCGCCCAACAAUCCGCUGUCCGCCAUACCAGCCGCCCUCACCUCCAAGGGGUCGCUGAGUGUGACGCCCACCUCGGCCGUACCGCAGCCGGCGCACAGCAAGGGACGCAGCAGUCUGGGCGGCAGUGCAGCUGCCGUUAGUAUCAGCGCCACCAACAGCCGGACGGGCAGCUCCAGCGCUGCAGCAGUGGUUGCCUCGGCCAUUGCGGCGGCGGCCCUGAGCGGAUCGCAGCGCGGCAGCCUCAGCAGCAACUCGAUCCUCCCGCCACCCAGAGCCUCGCUACCGCCGGGCGCCACAUUGGCCGCCGGCACAACCAUAACGCCUGCCACCUCCUCUUCGCACCGAUCGAGUGCCCUGCCGCCGCGCACCAAUCUGCCGAAUCUCACCAUAACGCCCUCGGUGACCAUCACGCCAACGUCGGCGCCGCCUUCCAGUCUGAAAGCACGCAAUCCUAAUAUUUCGGAUAAUUCGAAGGUACCUGGGACCAUUAGCAAUUCUGUUUCCAUCACUCCGGCGCCGCCGCUAUCGCAAACGCAUCAGAAUCAACUGAACGAUCUAAAGAAUGAUCGCUCCACGCCGCGCGAGGAUGCACAGACGCCUGCCCAGCGUCAGGCGGCAGCUAAAAUGGCACUGCGAAAGCAGCUGGAAAAGACUUUGCUACAGAUUCCCCCACCAAAGCCACCGCCACCAGAGAUGCACUUUAUACCCAAUCCCAGCAACACGGACUUUGUCUAUCUGCUUGGACUGGAGACGGUCGUUGACUUCUUGACUGUCAACAAGAAGGCCAAUGCUGUGGCAGCACCCUUCCGCUGUGCCCAGUGCAAGAUUGACUUUACACCCGUCUGGAAGUGGGAGAAGCAGAAUUUUUCUAUAGCCAACAAGGAUCCCAAGGUGAUUUGCGAACAGUGCGUCACCUCGAACGUGAAGAAGGCUUUGAAGGCGGAGCACACCAAUCGACUGAAACAGGCGUUUGUCAAGGCACUGCAGCAGGAGCAGGAGAUCGAGCAGCGUCUGGCCAGCCAGAGCAGUCCAUCGCCCGUGGACACGCAUGCCUUGAACAAUGUCAGCGCCUCGCUAUCCGUGUCCGCCGCCACCAAUUCCUCGUCGCAUUCGCAUCAACACCAGCAGGCCCUGCAGCGCGAGCGCGAGCGUGAGCAGCUUCAGGCGUCACAUGCUUCGGCAGCGGCGGCACUGGUCAAUCUGCCGCCCUCUGUCACGGUUAUACCGACCAAGUGUCAGACGCCAACGCCAGCGCCUAGACCCACACCGCCGCCACCACAGAACCAGCCCACACCACCUCCCAGCACACCGCGUUUGUCACGUGCCGCCGCCACAGCAGCAGCGGCGGCCAUAGCUGCCCAACAGGCAGGGAUCCUCAGUCCAGGACCCACGGCAGCGCACCACCACGAGCCGGCGUCCUCGUCGCGUUCCUCCCGCAACGAUCGCCACGACCAUCACCACCACCAGCAACAGCAACAACAACAACAGCAGCAACAGCAGCAGCAGCAACAACAACAACAGCAGCAGCAGCGCGACCAGCAACGCGAGCAGCAGCAACAGCAGGCCCAGAGCUAUGAUAAAUACUCGGCAGCCACGCUGGCGGCGGCAGCUCAUCUCAGUGCCAUGGGUGGCCUGAACAUCAACAGCCUGGCCAGUCUGGGCAACCUCAGCAAUCUGGGCAAUCUCAGCCAGUUGGGCAAUCUGGCGGCUCUUGGCGGACUGGGCAACUUCGGUGCGUCCUCGUCAGCCUCCAGCAAUCAAGCUGCGGCAAUGAACAACACCUCGCCUGCGGCCACAGCGGCAGCCAUGCAGGCUUUCCAACAGCAGCUCUUCAGAGCAUUGGGUCAGGGUCUGGGGGGCAAUCCACAGCAUAUGAUGCAGUUUGCACCGCUUUUGUACUCCUAUCAGGUGGCCAUGGCGCAGGCGGCCCAAGUGGCAGCUUUCAACAAUAACAACAAAAAGAGCAGCUCGUCAUCGGGGUCAUCCAAGAACUCAAGCAAUGCCAAUAGCAUGGCGGACGUACAGCGGGCGGCGGAGCUGCAGCGCCAGUAUCUAUUGGAGAUGAUUCCGCCGCAGCAGCAGAGCGGAGCCAGCGGCAGUCGCCAGAACAACUGGAAGGCCUAAGGCCAGAAAAACCCCAGCAACGCCAACAACAACAGGAACAACAACAGCAGCAGCAACAACAACAACAGCAACAACAGCAACAAAAACAACAACAGCAACAACAACAGCAACAACAACUAUUCUUAUGGUUUUCUUGAUUAGGCAAUUUUAUAAUUUAAACAGAAAGAAAAGAAGCAGAAGAAAAGAAAAGAAACAAAACAAAACAAAACAGAUGAUGCAGAAAAAAGAACUAAUAAGAAAUCAUUAAAUAUACACGUAAUUAUUAAUUAAACAAUAAUUAUAUAGAAUUAUACACAUAAUACACCAUACAACUGUUAGUAGUUUCCUUUUUUUUUUUUUACCACUUAUCCUUGAUUUAUAAUACAAUAAAACAAGAGCGCAAACCAAGCCACGAAUAUAUGUAGGAACCGAUAAAUGAAUGAAUGCAAACAACCUUUAAGCUCCUAUUAAUUGAAUAUAUUAAAUAUGAAUAAUAAUGAAUGCUAGCCGUAAGACGAACUGCCCCGUUUUCUAGGGGCACACCACAUCCAUCCCCUAUUCACGCCCGACACCCCCCCCAACAUACGAUUUUGUAAUUGUUAACUCUUUUUUUUGUGGGUAAAUGAUUCCCAUUAUCCGAAUUGGUAGAGAGAUCAACCAUUUUGUCGUACAAUUUCUUUAGGAUUUACCCGUCGCAUCGUGACUAAAUCUAUAAAUAUAUAAAUUAUAUUUUUUAAUCAAUUUUAAGUAUGACUAGUAUUAGUUGUAAACAAAUUUUUUUAGGGUAUAAUAAAUUACAGAAAACAAUUA